UGCUAGCUAGAGUGAGUAGCUGCUGUUAAUUACUAGUAGUAGUGCGUACUACACGGAAUCUCUCGGCUCGGACGUCGUACGACCACCUAUAAGCUCGCUCGCGGCCUCCACCGUUUCAUUUCCCACCUAAUCCUAUCGUUAUCUCCUCCCACCCAGCCCCAGCCCCACUCCGGCCCCGUAAUACCCAGCGAGCAGAGCACAGCACCCACCACCGGCACAGGCGCGCGCGUGGGUGGAAAAAAGUAGAGAGAGAACAGGAGAGAAGGAAGAAAAGAAAAAAGGCAUGGCCGCCACCGCCGCGGCCAUCGUGACGGCGACGGCGGCGGCGUCGAGCUGCAGCAAGCGCGAGAGCGUCGGCAUUGCGGCGCCCGCCGACUUGACGAAGAAGGCGAAGAAGGGGAGGUCGCCACCGGCGGAGGAGAUGGAGGCCUUCUUCGCCGCGGCGGAGGGCGACGUCGCGCGGCGCUUCGCUGCCAAGUACAACUAUGACGUCGUCACAGACGCUCCCAUGGAUGGGCGGUACGAGUGGGUCCGAGUGAGGCCGUAGCAAGGAAGGAUAUGCCGCCGCAGCCAGUCAAGUGUCAGAAGCCCGCACAGACAGACCACGUUGUGUCCUUUUUAAUCAUUCUUUUGUAGUUACCCUGUCAUGCUUUAUUAGCUGUAAUUAUUGCUCACGAGAUGCCUAAUCAUGUGAAAGCUCACCAUGUAAAAGUCGCCAGUGGAUGCCCUGUUUCUCCUGUAGCUAGCUUGCUUUUAUUAACUUGUCGUGAUAUGUUUUGUUUCAUCAAGAAAAACAAAGCGUCGUUAUCUGUGUA